UGCAACGAUGGACGUGAAGCGGACCGACACCGGGUUCCUGGCGAUAGCAACAGAGGUGGAGAAUGACGGAGAGAAAGCCUCGGAAACUCCAGAAAAAAUCAAGGAAUUACUAAAGGAGUUCCAAGACAUUCUUCCUGACGAUCUUCCGAACGAGCUACCGCCAUACCGAACGCAUCAACACGAGAUCGUGGAGGAACCGGGUUCGAAGCCGACCUUCCGAGCACCAUAUCGGCUCAGCCCUACGGAGCUGACCGACAUGAAAAAACAAAUCGAGUAUCUCCUAGCCAAAGGACUCAUCCGACCAUCUACUUCGCCAUACGGUGCCCCAGUACUCUUCACACCGAAACCGGACGGAAGCCUGCGCAUGUGCAUCGACUACCGAGCUCUUAACAAGCAGACCAUCAAGAAUAAAUAUCCGAUACCGCGAAUCGAUGACCUGCUUGACCAGCUUCAGGGAGCUACGGUAUUUUCCAAACUGGAUCUGCGGUCCGGAUACUGGCAGAUACGGAUGGCGGACAACUCUAUCCACAAAACUGCUUUCCGAACUCGGUACGGAUCGUACGAGUAUUUGGUCAUGCCGUUCGGACUCACCAACGCGCCGGCAACGUUCCAAGCCGAAAUGAACCACAUUCUACGACCACUUCUGGACGAAUGCGUGGUGGUGUACCUAGACGACAUACUCAUCUACUCGCGCGACAUGAAGCAGCACGUCGAACACCUGCGACGCGUCUUCGAAAUUCUUCGACGGGAACGAUUCUACGUCAAACUGUCCAAGAGCGAAUUCGCCCUUGAAAAGGUCCAAUUCCUAGGACACAUGGUGAGCGCUCAAGGAGUUCACGUCGACCCCAAGAAAGUCGAAGCCGUACGUACGUGGAAGACACCCGAGAACGUGAAGGAGUUGCAGCAGUUCCUAGGCUUCGCUAAUUACUACAACAGGUUCGUGCCACAGUAUGCGAAACUCGCGGCACCACUCACGAAUCUGCUGAAGAAGAACGCGCCCUACAAAUGGGAGACGAAGCACCAGGAAGCCGUGGAGCAAUUGAAACAAGCACUGACAUCCGCACCGGUGCUCAUCUUGCCAGAUCCCGAACGCGACUACUUCAUCGAAGCUGACGCCAGCGAUCAGGCCGUGGGUGCAGUCUUAAUGCAAGACCAGGGGAAUGGACUGCAACUAAUUGCCUACCUCAGCAAGAAACUGCACGGGGCAGAACUCAACUACCCGAUACACGACAAAGAGGCUCUUGCUAUCAUCAUCGCCUUCAAAGCAUGGAGAUGCUAUCUCGAAGGACGAAGAACAACCGUCUACACCGACCACUGCAGCCUGAAAUAUUUGAAGACACAACCCAACCUUUCCAGGCGGCAGGUCCGGUGGAUCGACUUCCUCGAGACACACUUCCACUACGACAUCGUGUACAAGCCCGGCCACAAGAACAAAGCAGACGCGCUCAGCCGGCCUGCACACGUUGCCGCGAUUCAGAUCGAAGGGAUGAAUCCACUACUCAAGGGACUCUUCACACACGGGUACGCCAUCGACCCCGAAGUUCGAUGAGCUUGGUGCGAGAGUGGAACACAGGA